CGUUGCGAAGGGCUGUUUGCUGGAGCUCGGACCCGCCACAGUACCGAGCUCCCGCCCUGUGGGGAGGACACGCCUCCUCCGUGAGGGUGGAUGGGCCGCGGACAUGAACUCGCCCGUGGACCCCGGCGCUCGGCAGGCGCUGAGGAAGAAGCCGCCGGAGCGGACCCCGGAGGACUUAAAUACUAUUUAUUCUUAUCUUCAUGGAAUGGAAAUACUGUCAAAUCUCAGGGAGCAUCAGCUUAGGUUAAUGUCUGCAAGAGCACGCUAUGAGAGAUACAGUGGCAAUCAGAUUCUUUUUUGCUCAGAAACUGUUGCAAGAUGCUGGUACAUCCUGCUUUCCGGGUCAGUACUUGUGAAGGACUCCAUGGUCUUGCCUCCUUGCAGUUUUGGUAAGCAGAUUGGAGGAAAAAGAGGAUGUGAUUGUCUUGUAUUAGAGCCUUCAGAAAUGAUUGUGGUAGAGAAUUCCAAAGAUAAUGAAGAUAGUUUUCUACAAAGAGAAAUUCCUGCCCGACAGUCUCGGCGAAGGUUUCGGAAAAUUAACUGUAAAGGAGAGCGCCAAACCAUAACUGAUGAUGUGGACAUUAGUAGCUAUCUUUCUCUUCCAGCUGAUCUCACCAAGAUGCACCUCACAGACAACCCUCAUCCCCAGGUGACACAUGUGUCUUCUAGUCAGUCUGGCUGUAGCAUUGCCAGUGACUCUGGGAGCAGCAGUCUAUCCGACAUCUACCAGGCUACAGAAAGUGAAGUAGGAGAUGUAGAUUUAACACGUCUUCCGGAAGGACCUGUUGAUUCUGAGGAGGAAGAGGAAGAAGAGGAGGAGAUUGAUCGAACAGACCCCCUGCAAGGUCGAGAUCUUGUUCGAGAAUGUCUUGAAAAGGAACCUGCAGACAAAACUGAUGAUGAUAUUGAACAAUUACUUGAGUUUAUGCACCAGCUCCCUGCCUUUGCUAACAUGACCAUGUCUGUGAGAAGGGAGCUUUGCUCAGUGAUGAUUUUUGAAGUGGUGGAGCAAGCUGGCGCCAUCAUUCUCGAAGAUGGGCAAGAGCUUGACUCAUGGUAUGUUAUUUUAAAUGGCACUGUAGAAAUUAGUCAUUCUGAUGGCAAAGUGGAAAAUCUCUUUAUGGGAAAUAGUUUUGGAAUUACUCCCACUCUGGAUAAGCAGUACAUGCGUGGGAUUGUCAGGACAAAAGUGGACGAUUGUCAGUUUGUCUGCAUAGCCCAGCAGGAUUAUUGGAGAAUUUUAAAUCAUGUGGAAAAAAAUACCCAUAAAGUUGAGGAAGAGGGAGAAAUUGUUAUGGUGCAUGAGCACCGUGAAUUGGACCGGAGCGGAACCAGAAAAGGACACAUUGUGAUCAAGGCAACACCUGAGCGUCUCAUCAUGCACUUAAUAGAAGAACAUUCCAUUGUGGACCCAACAUAUAUAGAAGAUUUUCUAUUAACUUACAGGACAUUUCUUGAAAGUCCUUUGGAUGUUGGAAUCAAACUGUUGGACUGGUUUAAGAUUGACAGCUUAAGGGAUAAGGUGACACGGAUUGUACUCUUAUGGGUAAAUAAUCAUUUUAAUGAUUUUGAAGGUGAUCCUGCUAUGACUCGGUUUCUAGAGGAAUUUGAAAAAAAUCUGGAUGAUACAAAGAUGAAUGGUCAUCUCCGGUUAUUGAAUAUUGCUUGUGCUGCAAAGGCUAAAUGGAGACAGGUUGUGUUGCAAAAGGCUUCCCGUGAGUCCCCUCUGAAUUUCACCCUUAACGGAGGAAGUGAGAAGGGAUUUGGUAUCUUUGUUGAAGGAGUAGAACCUGGUAGCAGAGCUGCAGAAGCAGGACUUAAACGGGGUGAUCAGAUAAUGGAAGUAAAUGGACAAAAUUUUGAGAAUAUCACAUUUGUGAAAGCCCUUGAAAUUUUGAGGAAUAAUACUCAUCUCGCACUUACUGUGAAGACCAACAUUUUUGUGUUCAAAGAAUUACUAAGUAGGACUGAACAAGAGAAAUCUGGUAUUCCUCAUAUACCCAAAAUUGCUGAAAAAAAAAGUAAUCGCCAUUCGAUCCAAGAUGUACCUGGAGAUAUUGAGCAGACAUCUCAAGAGAAAGGAAAUAAGAAACUUAAAGCAAAUACUGUUUCAGGUGGAAGAAACAAGAUCAGGAAGAUUUUAGAUAAAACAAGAUUUAGCAUCUUGCCUCCAAAACUGUUUAGUGAUGGAGGCCUGAGUCAAUCACAAGAUGACAGCAUUGUGGGAACAAGGCAUUGUAGGCACAGCUUGGCAAUAAUGCCAAUUCCUGGAACUCUCUCAUCCAGUAGUCCUGAUCUCCUACAGCCUACCACCAGCAUGUUGGACUUUUCCAACCCUUCAGCAGUUGGUUUUUACUAUAUUCCUGAUCAAGUUAUCAGAGUUUUCAGAGCAGAUCAGCAGAGCUGCUACGUCAUCAUCAGUAAAGACUCUACGGCUAAAGAAGUGGUUUGUCAUGCCGCUCAUGAAUUUGGUCUGAACGGUGCAUCCGACACAUACUCUCUCUGUGAAGUCUCUGUUACUCCAGAGGGCGUCAUAAAGCAGAGAAGACUUCCAGACCAGUUCUCCAAAUUAGCUGAUAGAAUUCAGCUCAACGGAAGGUAUUAUUUAAAAAAUAACAUGGAAACAGAAACAUUAUGUUCUGACGAGGAUGCUCAGGAGCUGCUGCGGGAAAGCCAGCUGUCACUGCUGCAGCUCAGCACCAUCGAGGUGGCCACCCAGCUGUCCAUGAGGGAUUUCGAAUUGUUUCGUAAUAUUGAACCUACUGAAUACAUUGAUGACCUUUUUAAAUUAGAUUCCAAAACAGGAAAUACUCAUUUGAAAGAGUUUGAGGACAUUGUAAAUCAAGAAACAUUCUGGGUUGCCUCAGAGAUUUUAAGGGAAUCAAAUCAGCUCAAAAGAAUGAAGAUAAUUAAGCAUUUCAUUAAAAUUGCACUUCACUGUCGAGAAUGCAAGAACUUUAAUUCCAUGUUCGCAAUAAUAAGUGGGUUGAACCUGGCACCAGUAGCACGGCUCAGAGGAACUUGGGAAAAGUUACCAAGCAAAUACGAGAAACAUCUCCAAGAUCUGCAAGACCUUUUUGAUCCAUCUCGAAACAUGGCAAAAUAUAGAAAUGUUCUUAGCAGCCAAAGCAUGCAACCUCCAAUUAUUCCACUCUUCCCUGUUGUUAAGAAAGAUAUGACUUUCCUACAUGAAGGGAAUGACUCCAAAGUGGAUGGUUUAGUAAACUUUGAAAAGCUAAGAAUGAUUGCCAAGGAAAUUCGUCAAGUUGUUCGAAUGACUUCUGCUAACAUGGACCCAGCUAUGAUGUUCCGACAGAGGAAGAAGAGGUGGCGGAGUCUGGGGUCAUUGAGUCAAGGCAGCACAAAUUCAAACAUGCUGGAUGUUCAGGGAGGCGCUCACAAGAAACGGGCUCGUCGAAGCUCACUGCUUAAUGCUAAGAAGCUGUAUGAGGAUGCCCAGAUGGCAAGGAAAGUGAGACAGUACCUUUCCAGUCUGGAUGCGGAGACUGAUGAGGAGAAGUUCCAGAUGAUGUCACUGCAGUGGGAGCCUGCAUAUGGCACCUUGACUAAGAGUUUAAAUGAGAAAAAAUCAUCCAAAUCAUCCGAAAUGUCUCCAGUGCCUUUGAGGUCAGCUGGCCAAACAGCUAAAGUCCACUUACAUCAGCCACCCAGAGCAAGCCAGGUACUGCAGGUGCCAACUGUUAACUUGCACCCCAUCAGGAAAAAAGGACAAGCAAAAGACGCUGCAUUGAAUACAAAUUUACCUCAGAAAGCUUUAGGACCGCCUGAAGAAAUUAGUGGUAAGAAACAUACAGAAGACACUGUUUCUGUGGCGUCAUCCUUACAUUCUAGUCCUCCUGCAUCUCCUCAAGGUUCCCCUCGCAAAGGUUACACACUGAUACCAUCAGCUAAAUCUGACAACUUGUCUGACUCCAGCCAUAGUGAGAUCUCGUCCCGGUCCAGCAUCGUGAGCAGCUGUUCUGUUGACUCCAUGUCUGCUGCUCCUCAGGAUGAACGGUGCUCCUCUCACACACUGCCAGUUCCUCAGUCCAGUGGGGUAUCGGAAAAGAUGGAUCACUCUUCAGGGACAGGAGACCAUAGUCAGCUUUGUCCUGGGUGGACAUUUGCAAAGCCAUCCCUGAUCAAGGGCCUCACUGUUUCGUCGUCUGUGAGCAGUGAAGAGGUUGCUCAUGAGCACGUUGCCACAGAGCCAGCUGACAGUGGCCGAGGCAGCUGGACUUCCUGUUCCAGUAGCUCCCAUGACAAUUUUCAAAGCCUUCCAAACCCAAAAAACUGGGACUUUUUGAAUUCUUACAGACAUAUGCACUUGGAUGAUCCCAUUGUUGAAGUUGAGCCCACUGACUGUGAGCCGUGUGCCUGCCCUAAAGGUUGCCGGAGAACUUGUGGCCAGUGUAAAGGAAGCCUAGAGAUAGAGCCACUGAGACAGAGUUGGACCUCCUCCAGUUCUCUUUCUGACACAUGUGAACAAAACUAUGGGACAGUUAAACGGAGAGUGUUGGAAAGCACCCCUGCUGAGUCAUCUGAUGGCUUGGACCCCAACGAUGUCACUGACCCAAUUUAUAAAACUGUCACUUCGAGUACAGAAAAGGGCUUGAUUGUGUACUGUGUCACCUCACCCAAGAAGGGUGAUAGGUAUAGGGAGCCACCUCCUACUCCUCCAGGAUAUAUGGGGAUUUCUUUAGCGGACCUAAAGGAAGCACCCCGCCCACAUCUCAAACCUCCAGAUUAUAGCGUGGCAGUGCGGAGGUCAAAGAUGAUGCCUGGCAGCCUGUCUAGACGGCCGCCAACUUCUCUCAGCAGCAGCCCCGCAGCCUGGGCGCCAUGGAAGAGCGGGCCUCAGCCUCGCAGGCACGGCUUGCAGCCGCCUCAUCCCGUGCUGGCAGAUGGGGCUGAUGCGGAGAGUGACCCAGAUGAAAAUGAGCAGGUAUCUGCAGUCUAGCCUUUGGACAGCCCACUUGGAGAGCCCUGGAAGUCAUGGAGCGUGGGCAAGAGCCCUCAUGAAUCCUGAAAGCCAUUGCCAAUAAGUCACCCUCUGCUACCACCAGUCUGAGGUUCUGCUCUGCUCUGCUCUGCGGAGUGAGGCAGCCUGAGCCGCGCUUCCUCCCGCUGCAUCCUUGCACAUGCGUCGUUUCCUCCCCUAGCUGCGUGUGCUGUGUUGGAUACCAGUGUCCACUGCACACCAGACCUGCAAGCUCAGUGUCAUUCCCAUGUAUGUCACUAUAGAUUUUCUUUUUGUAACUUAAAGAUAAUGGUAUUAAAUUUCCAAGCCAUAGCUCUGGAUAAAAGGACAAUUUCAAAGUAUUUGCCAAUUCUAAGGAUAUUCUUGUGUAGUUGAAAAGUAACUUAUUAUUUGAAGCAUUGUGGAUUUGUUUGUAUUUAAGAGCUCUUGCUAGCUAAUGUUUGUUUGAGACCACAGAACUGUCUCUGGUCUGACCAACAAGCCACUGUGACACAGUGAUGCCUGGUGGACACAGAAGUGUAGCACUGGUGCAGGGAGUCCCAGCCUGAGGAAACUGGGAAGCCUUUGCAGCUAACAUGCUAGGGGUAUGCCCAGGCUCAUGGCGAGAAAUGCAGCAGCCAUGGAAUUUCUUGUAGUCUUUUAGAAAAUGGAGUAUAUGGUAUGAAUGAGUAGGAGUGAGCCUGAUUUCCAAAGAAUGAAAUGUUGAUGUUAAAUAACUCAUAGACAGAUUGCUUCUUAAGAAAAAUCAUGCUGCAUCCAUUGUAAACAAGAAUUAUAAACCUUAAAAAUGGAAAAUUGGUUCUAGAGAGUUCCAGGUCCAUAGAAACCCUAAACAUUUCUUAUGGAGUUCCUAGGUUAAAAAAAGUAUAAUCAGGGCUGGAGAGAUGGUUUAGCUGUUAAGCAUUUGCCUCUGGAGCCUAAGGACCCCGGUUCAAGGCUCGAUUCUCCCAGGACCCAUGAAAGCCAGAUGCACAA